AUGCGCUUCGAUAUCGACGGGUCCGAUGAAAAGGCUCAGCAUGCCUACAAUGAUGCGCAUGGCACGGGUGAACACCAACUGGGCUAUGAUCCAGAUCUGGCUCAUCCAGCUGCCGGGUACAGAGACGGCGAAGUCGCUGUGUUACCACCUGGAGUCUCGGAGCGGAGACUCAUAACCAAGAUUGACCUGCGCAUUAUUCCCGUUCUCUCAGUCAUGUACCUUUUGGCUUUCCUGGAUCGCACCAACGUCGCCAAUGCCGCCAUCUUUGGCCUUCAAAAGGAUCUUGGCCUGAGCGGCACUCAGUACAGCACAGCCCUGACCAUCUUCUUUGUCCCCUACGUAGUCUUUGAGAUCCCAUCCAACAUCAUCCUCAAGAGACUGCGGCCUCAUGUUUGGCUGUCCAUCUGCAUGUUUGGCUUUGGCCUGGUCACUAUUUGUCAAGGUCUAGUUCAAGGGUAUGGCGGUUUUCUCACCACCAGAUUCUUCCUUGGCUUCUUCGAAACCGGCAUGUUUCCCGGAGCAUUCUAUCUCAUUGGCAUGUGGUAUAAGAGACACGAAGCACAGAAGAGAUAUACAUUCUUCUUUGCCAGCACCACGCUCGCUGGCGCUUUCGGUGGCUUGCUCGCUUCGGCCAUUGGUAAAAUGAACGGCAUGGAAGGGUAUCUGGGUUGGAGAUGGGUUUUCAUCUUGGAAGGCUGUUUGACCUGUGUCGUCUCCUUUGUCUGGUUCUUCGCCAUCCCCGACUUUCCCGAAGACGCGAAAUGGGUGACUGAAGCCGAGCGUGAGUAUAUCAAGGCUCGGCUCCGAGACGAUCAGGGGAAUUCGGCUCUCGACCGACGCAUCACCGUCAAGGAUGUCAUCAACUGCUUCAAAGACUACAAGAUUAUCGUGGGAGGCUUCAUGUAUUUUGGUUUGAUUGUGCCUGCCUACAGUUACGCUUACUUUGCUCCUACCAUCAUCAAGACGUACGGAUACAGCGCCAUUGGGACCCAACUGCACUCUGUCCCACCGUGGGCUGCAGCCUUUGGUUGGAGCAUGCUCAUUGCUGCGCUUUCGGAUCGGUUUCGCCACCGGUUUGUGUUUGCCAUGGUGAAUAUUUUUAUUGCCAUUGCAGGCUUUGCCAUACUCAUGACUGAGCAUCACAAUACGGAUUUGGAUUAUGGUGCCCUGUUUAUGAUCACCUCGGGAACAUACAGUGCCAUGCCAGUUAUUGUGUGCUGGUUCUCGAUGAACCUGGGUGGUCACCACCGCCGCGCGGUGGGCACAGCGUGGCAGAUUGGGUUUGGCAACAUUGGAGGCAUCAUCGCCAGUUACAGCUUCGAAGCCACUGACGCCAAAAGCUUCUUCCACAAAGGCUACAGCAUUUGCAUGGGAUUCAUUUGCCUCAGCGGCGCCUCGUGCAUCAUCUACUAUCUCGCUUGUCUAACCCAGAAUCGGAAACGCGAGAAGACGCACGACAUUGGACUGACAGAGUACGAGAAGACAGAACUGGGUGAUAUGAGUCCCGACUACCGCUACAUGCUAUAG